GUUUGGUUGGAUGAUGUGGGUAGUUGAUUGUUGAGGACUGCUGUACAGUCAGGACACACCUUUUGUCAGCCCCGUGUGCAGAUCCGGGUGGGGACGAGAGUUGCGUUUACAGACCACGGACACAGGCUCACAGCGGGAGAGAUGGCCUCUGCCAACGACACCAGACAGGUGCAGAAAGAUGCAGCGGACCAGAACUUCGACUACAUGUUCAAGCUGCUGAUCAUCGGCAACAGCAGCGUGGGGAAGACCUCGUUUCUCUUCCGAUAUGCGGAUGACUCCUUCACGUCUGCCUUUGUCAGCACCGUGGGCAUCGACUUCAAGGUGAAAACAGUCUACCGAAAUGAGAAGAGGGUCAAACUUCAGAUAUGGGACACAGCAGGCCAGGAACGUUACCGCACCAUCACCACAGCCUACUACAGGGGCGCCAUGGGAUUCCUGCUAAUGUAUGACAUCACCAACCAGGACUCCUUUGGUGCCGUACAUGACUGGGCCACACAGAUCAAAACGUACUCAUGGGACAAUGCUCAGGUGAUUCUGGUUGGCAAUAAAUCUGACCUGGAAGAUGAACGUGUUGUACCCACAGAAGAAGGAAGACGAUUGGCUGAUGAGUUAGGGUUUGAGUUUUUCGAGGCAAGUGCAAAAGAAAACAUUAACGUGAAGCAGGUUUUUGAACGCCUGGUCGACAUCAUCUGCGUGAAGAUGUCUGAAAGCCUUGAAGCUGAUCCCUCGAUGCUCGGCAACAAGAACUCCUCUCUCGCUGAGAACCCUCAACCACAGGAAGGCAGCUGUGCAUGCUAGGAUCCCUUACCUCUGACCUCUGACCUACAUCACCUACCACAGAUGUCACAUGGUUAAGAAUGGGUUUGGGGAAGGGGUGAAAUUUGACUUCAGAAUAUGUGUAAGAUUCAGGAUUAAAACUUGUGUUUUGUUUUUUUAUUAAUUAUUUGGCCAAUCGUUUUUACAUGAUGGUGAGGUGACAAAAUCCAUUGACCCAUCCAGUUAAGGAAUUCCUUCCUAUGCUCACCCAUCUGAAGCACCCGUUGUAAAGUCACCAAGAGCACGCUAGGAAGAACCAGCUGACUGACAAAGUUCUGCUCUACCGUGGUGAGUGAUAUCUGCACCAAUCACCUUCUGCCUUCCGUUUUUUGGGAGGGAUGCCUCCAAAUCUGAAAUUGAAAACUUUGGUUCCAAUUGGGACUGAAAUAUUAAAAUUAAAACAGGUCACAUGUUUGGAACUUUAUUGUUGUUCUGUUGGAGGAUCGGAUCGGUGCAGGCAUUAACCACCAUGGUUGUCCCUAACCUGGAGGGAGACCUCUGCUCCUUAUUGAUUGGUGAGAGGUGAGAUGUAUAAUCAGGGGGUGUAGAAGGAAGCACCAUCCACCGAGCCUCACCAACUGUCCCCUCCCCGUCCUCCAGCUGAACGUUAUGGGACAAACCCAGCUGGCCGUGCUCAGCCGUUACUGCAGUGCUGACGUUAGUGCAGACCCUACCUUGCAGCAUUAAUCCCACAUCUGGAGUAAUAUUUCCACCUGCAUGCUGCCACGUUCUGCAAUUGAACUGAAAAAUUGCAUUCGGACUUGCCGAAUCAGUGUUUUAUGCAUCAAGGCUUUUGUGAAUGUGGUUCUGAUUUCCGUCCAGGAGGUAUACUCCUUCUGGCAGUGACACCCACGUCAGCUCGUCUCUGGAAGUGCAUUAUUUCUAUGACUCCUUGCUGUUAAGGGUGCAUGUCUGUCUCCCACUAGCUUUCACUGCUCUUCCUCCAUAGAGUUAUACAGCAUGGAAACAGGCCCUUCGGCUCAACUCAUCCAUGCCGACCAAACAUGCCUGUCUAUGCUAGUUGCAUUUGUCCGCGUUUGGCCAUAUCCUUCUAAACUUUCCUGGUCGUGUGCCUUUCCAAAUGCCUUAUAAACGUUUGUAAUUGUACCCGCCUCUACCACCUCCUCUGACAGCUCCUUCCAUAUAGCCACCACCCUCUGUGUGGAAAAACUUGCCCCUCAGCUCCUCUUUAAAUCUUUCCCCUCCCACCUUAAACCUAUGCCCUCUAGUUUUAGACUCCCCUACCCUGGCAAAAAGACUGACUACCCUAUCUAUGCCCCUCAUAAUUUUUAACCCUCUGUUAAGGUCACACCUCAGCCUCCUUUGCUCCAGGGAAAACAGUCCCAGGUUAUCCACUCUCUUCUUAUAACUCAAGCCCUCCAGUCCACGUUAGUGUUAAUUUGUCCUGGCAGUAUGGAACUUAAAUACUGCCCUGUGCCAGUGUUUAAGUUCCAUACUUGAUCUAUCUGUACAUUUCCUCCCACUUGUUUCUCCUUAAAGGUAUCUCUGCUAUUCUCUUUGACCACUGUGGGAGGGAGGGUCACACUUUCCAGGUUCAGAGGUUCUCCUGAGUUUCUCUGGAUUUAUAAGUGCUCUUAUCUCAAUGGCGCCAAAUUUUCGAGUCUCACAUGUGGAAUGGUAUUGCCCACAUCUACCCAAACAAAUGUUUUGUAAUCUCAAAGGCCUUUUAUCACCACCCCUCUACCACUGACCCCAGCUCAAUCUUCUCUUUUCCAGAGGAAUAAGCUCUGUCUCCCUGGCUACUUCAUCUUCUCGGUCCUGAUAAUGUCCUUGCCUUUUGCACGGAAUCAAAGGAAAAUCACCCUUUGUAAAUCUCUUUUGUAUCUCUCCUAGAACAGUUGCAUGGACAGAGACCAGACCUGUGCACGUUGCUCUAAAUAAUCAAAGGAAGUGAGUGCGAGGGUGGCUUCUUCAACCUUAUCAGAAUGUAAGCAAGCAGGGAAAGUAUGUGCAGAUUCACCCAAAGAUUCAGGCUGGCCCUGUGACUGGGAUGCAUGGAAUUGGGUUCAAAUUCUCUUUCUCAGAGGAACUUUUUUUUUGUGCAAGGUGCCACCUUGCUUGUUCCAUUCCCCUUGCGAUGCAGUGUGAACACCAACAGUAUCAGCUGUCGUCAACCUCCACUGCUCACGGGUACCUGCACAUAACCAUGGAUAACCCUGCCGGUUAUUUGCCUAGGCAGUGACCAGUGCCAGUAUUAUGAUGUUUAAGUUCAGCUUCUGUGGCCUUGAGAGCUGAUUGACACUUAAAGAAAGGACACGCAUUUCCACAGCACCUUUCAUAUCGUCUUGUCAAUCCAAAGGACUUUGUGGCCAGCGAUGUGCCAUUGUGUGUGUUGUUGAAUGGCAAAUGAGGUGGAGCCCGCAAUGGGUGUCCUUUCUCGCAUCUUCAUGCUACACUGUGCCAAAUAUCACUCAGGCUUAAAAUUGGGUGAGAGUCACACUGGUAAAAGGCCAUUCGCCCAGGUUGAUGCCACCCAACCAAUUAGCAUGUAGUGAUCUGUUUGAACUUGGGAUGGUUAGGUUUUGAUGAUUCCCAUUACAUGUGAACAUACUAAUUAUCUCAUGACACAGAAAGAGACCAUUCGGCCCAACAGGUCCAUUCCCGUUCUCUUAUUUCCCUGUACCCUGCAACUGAUUCUCUCUCACGCAUGCCCGGCAACUUCCCUUUGAAUCUUUUUGCCAUUAACCUACACUGAAGGGGUAACUUACAGGAGAUAAUUAAGCCUCCGGGAUGUGGGAGGAAACUGGAGCGCCUUGGGGGGGGAAACCAAUGCAGUGACAGGGAAAUGUGCAAACUCGGCACAGACACCAUCAGAGGUCAGGAUCUAACCUCUGUGAGGCAGCGGCUCUAACUGGGCGAAGGGGAGCUGAGGAGGGAAGCAAGGGGUAGAGGGAGGGAGGGAGAGACAGAGGAGGAAAGGAGGGGGAGGGGAAGACAAGGAGAAGAGGGGGAAGGUACAAGGGGCGGGGGACAUAGAAGCCAGCUGAGGUGCCCAUAGUCUUGAGCAAGAUAAAAUGGAAUAAUUGUUAAUAGAACAUACAACACUACAGCGCAGUACAGGCCCGUCAGCCCACAAUGUUGUGCUGAUAUUUUAUCCUGCUCUAAGAUCUAUCUAACCCUUCCCUCCCACAUAGUCCCCCAUUUUUCUAUCAUUCAUGUGUCUAUCUAAGAGUCUCUUAAAUCUCUUAAAUGUUUGGGGAAAUUGUCAGUCCCUGAGGUGCCACCCUAAAGGAGAGCAGAAACUUGCUCCUGAGUCCCUCCAAUAGAUGCUGCCUGACCUGCUGAGUUCUUCCAGCACUCUGUGUGUGCGUGUGUAACUCAUUCAAUAUAACUUGCAAAGGGAAAUGAAUGAAAAUGGAGAAACAAAGGACUGCAGAGGCUGGAAUCCAGAUGAAAAACACGACGAUGCUGGAGGAACUCAGCAGGCCGGGCAGCAUCCGUGGAGAAAAGCUGCUGUCAACGUUUCUGGUCAGGACCCUUCUUUAGGACUGAAGAUAGGAAAAGGGGAAGCCCAGUAUAUAGGAGGGAAAAGCAGAGCAGUUAAAGGUGGACAAAAGAGGGGAGGCGGGGUGGGCACAAGGUGGUGAUAGGUAGAUUCAGGUAAGAGAUAGUGAUGGGCAGGUGCGGGAGAGCAGAUCCACCAGGGGAUGGGUAAAAGAAGAGAGAGAGAGUAAAGGCUAGGAAAGGGCAGAAAAGAAGUAUGGUGGGGGAAGGGGACGUUUGUGGGGAUUACCUAAAGUGGGAGAAUUCAAUAUUAAUGCCGUUGAACAAAUGAAAAUUCUUGAAAAAGGAAUAUCGGUAGGGCGAGCAGGAAGGAGUUGGGGAGUGGAUCUAAUUGGAUAGCUUUUUUUUAAGAAGGGUCAGCACAGGAGGAUGAAUGGUCUCUUGCUGUACGUCGUAGUACUGUGACCAGGACGAGAACUCACUACUGACUUGGCUCUCUCCCUGUUCAUGGUUUUGAAUGUCGUCAGUGGAAGGAACAAAGACUUGGGCAGCUCUGUUUGUGACCUGUGACCAGGAGAGUGGACGGAGGGAAAGGAAUUAAAUAUGACUCCUUUUAUUCCCACUCAGAGUUCUGGGUGGCAGAAGCUGGCUCAUACACAGUGUCCUUCCAAAGGCAGCAGUGGCAAUUACUUCUGGCUGCAGUAACUCCUCAGCAAGACAAGAGCUUAGUUUUCGAGUCAGCACUGUGCUGACUGUGAGGUGGUAAGUCAGUUGUUCAUCGUCUGUUGGGAGAUCAAGCCUCUCUGCAGUGUGUUUGUGAUGGGAUAGUAUUAACACAAAUGGCAGAAAGGCCACCUCCUGCACUGUACCUUUCACUGGGGGCAUUUUCCUUCCACAGUCUACCCCCUGCUUGUACUGACACAAAUGCUUCUGGGAUUACCAAACACCACCAAUGUUGGUGCCUCAGGAGGAGGCCAUUCAUCCCAUUGUGUGCAUGCUAGCUAAGGGAAAAUCUGUUGAAGCUAAUCCCACUGUAGCUCUCAGUAUGUUGCUCUGUGUGUUACGAUAUUUCAGGUACUUAUCCAGGUACUUUUUAAACCUGAUGAUGAUUUCUCUCACCACCACCCCUUUCAGGGAGUGAGUUCAAGCCCCCAUCCAUCUCCUACUCUCCUGGGUGAAGGUACUUUCUCCAACACCCUUCCAAUCCAUGCUCCACUGCUUUUAUCCUCUCAAAGUGUAAUGAGUCUCUCUUGUUCUUCCUUCCUGCUUCUCUCCUUCCUUCCAUACUCUGUACCAAGUGCUGAUUUGCUUCAAAUAUAUCUCUACUGUAUGCGUAGAUUUUAAAAUUCCACAAGGAGACUUUUCCUGUGUUGCUGGGAUAAAUUUUGUUAAUUCCACGCCAGAUUUGGGAGAAGGAAGUCUGUAUUGGGAAGAGAAAAAGACGCUGUGAAUAUGGACCUUUCUAUCUUGUACCUGAAUGUUUCAUUGGGACCUUGGCUUGUGUUGAGCGAUGUCUGUGUGUUUAACAUCCGGAAAGAAAUAAAUAUUGAUAUUUAAAAAGCAA